AUGUGCGAUUGCUAUGAGAACUGGGCCAAAGAAGUCGGACUCGACGGGCAGGAUCCUGAGGAAUUCGAGAAACGAUGCCAGGGAAACGUCACGGUCAUCAACAUUAUCGUCGACAUCCUGUCGCAGCUCUGUCACCUCGUCACCAUGAAGGACGAGCUGCAGAAGAAAUACGGCCUACAGGUCCUUGACAAGUCGUCGAAGCCGUUGGGACCAGCAUACGAUUCCAACGAGGACGUCCCCGUCAAGAGCACUCCGCUCUUAUGGUCGAACACCGUUGUCAAUGCCGAGCGCGCCAUGUGUCUCGCGCAAUUCCAGCAGAAAUUGGGCAAGAUGCACAAGCUGAAAUGGGCAAUCCGGGGACAAGGCGAAACUACUACCGCCAGUGCAGAGACAUGCUUCGACGCUCCUUGUCUUUGCAGCAGAAUGGCUGACUUCCUGGAAUACUCCGCCAGCCAGCGAAAUUUGUCCAAGAAGAACUGGGUGAGCCAGAACUAUGCGGCUGCUGCCAGAUUCAAAUCCAUCUCCCUCAAGCGUGCUUCAGACGCGACCAAGGGUGCUGCUUUGCCAGCUGCGGUAAAGCUGGAUGAGACGCAGAUAUCAACUAGUAACAGUCAAAGUGAACGAGCUCUUGCUACAUUCAAAGGGCAAAAGGUCUUGAUCGAGUUCAAGCUUAUCCAAGAAUCAGACCGGGCCGUAUUCCGAAUCCUCGAGGAUCGACUCAAGGACCUCAUCUCCCUGCUUCAGGUUACCCCUAAGCCUACGAAUUACAGAGUGCUAGAUUGCCAGGGAUACAUCGCCACCAGCAAAGAAGCAAAUAAAGUUGCAUAUGGCUUAGUGUUCUCACUUCCAGACGCCCUCUCCACAUCUCCUGAACCGAAACUGAAUAGCCUCCACUCUUUACUCCGCGGCACAACAGAUAACAAGGUGCCUGUGGGAGUGCCACUCGAAGCUCGCUUUCGCUUGGCCACUUUACUUGCGAGUUCUCUUGUGGAGAUCCACGCUGCUGGAUGGCUGCACCACAACAUCACAUCACGAAACGUGCUGUGCCUAGCUGCGGAGGGCGAGGGCGUGUUGAGUCGGCCCUAUAUCGGCGGCUUUGGCUACGCCCGGUUCGACGACCCCAGUGAGGUUUCCGAAAUGGCCGACCUAGGUACCGUCGACAACCUCUACCGGCACCCGGACUAUCAAUCUCCACGCGCACAAGGGCGAAAGUUUCGACGAUCGUAUGAUUUGUACAGUCUGGGAAUUGUGCUGGUGGAGAUUGGGUUAUGGAAACGCAUCGAGGCGUUUCGACGGUCGGGUAUGAGUCACCCCGGGGCCUUUGCGACACAUAUUCGCGAAUCGGUUGCUCCGAUGUUGGAAUAUUACAUGGGAGCAAACUACUGCGAUGCCGUUGCUUGUUGCUUGGAUGUUCGGAAGCUGAAUGUGGGCGACGAUGAGGGGAGGAAGCUAUCGGACGCAGUGUCGAGGAAAGUAGUAGCGGUGCUAGAAAGCUGUCAGAUUUAA